UGCGCAUGCGCCAGCCAAUUGGGGGUUUUAUCGAGUGUUUGACUUGUCAAAAUGGGUAAAUGACUGUUGUAUAUGUAUGAUCGAUAAGGUUUGAUUGUUUUGAGCUUAACCAUGAAUUAUUAUUUCCUAUACUGAAUUUCAUCGUAAGGUGUAUGAUGUAAUUUAGUUUAAAAAUAGACCCUCGUCUUUCCGUCAUGUAAAAGAAAAUUGUGUGAUUUUUUUUUUUUUUUUUUUUUUUGUAUUUCCUUGUGACAAGUCGUGGAUUUACGAUGGAUGAACAUAGCGUUGAAAGUUUGGCUGAGGUCUUUAGAUGCUUUAUUUGCAUGGAAAAACUUAAAGAUGCCCACUUAUGCCCACAUUGUUCCAAACUGUGCUGUUAUACUUGUAUCCGAAGGUGGUUAACAGAGCAGAGAUCACAGUGCCCACAUUGCCGAGCUUCAUUGCACAUGCAUGAGCUAGUAAAUUGUCGUUGGGCUGAAGAAGUGACCCAACAGUUGGAUACUUUGCAGUUAGUUGGGGCUGUGAAAGGUGAUACUUCUGAGAAAGAGAAGUGCAAAACCCAUAAAGAAAAGCUAAGUGUUUAUUGCUGGAAUUGUAAACAAUGUAUAUGUCACCAGUGUGCUCUUUGGGGUGGAACUCAUUCAGAUCAUAUAUUUAAACCAUUAGAGGAAAUUUAUGACCAACAUGUAGCUCAAAUCAAGGAAGAAUUUGUAAGACUACGAAGACGCCUAUCUGAAUUAAUUACAUUAGUGCAAGAAGUUGAGAAAAGUGUGGAGAGUGUCAGAGUUGCUAAAGAUGAACGUGUUCAUGAGAUUCGUCAUGCUGUGGAGCACAUGAUUUCAAGAUUGGAUGCUCAACUUAAAAGUAAACUUCUUACUUUGAUGGCUCAGAAGAAUUCAUUAUCUCAAGAAACUGAACAGUUGGAGACUGUAUUAAAGUUAGUAGAAACACAGUUGAACUCAAGCUGUAAAAAUGAAUUAAUAUCAAUGAGCAGUGAAAUUCUUCAAAAUAUGGCAGAAAUUCAGAGGAAGCCCAUGGCAAAUUUUGUUACUGCUGCUGUUCCAGCAGAUUUUCCCAGUGAAAUUGUACCUCCUUAUGAUGGUAGUACAUUUGUUAUGCAUAACUUUAGUGCCUUGCAGCAGAGGGCAGAUCCAGUAUAUAGUCCUGCGUUAAAUGUAUGUGGUCUGACCUGGCGUCUUAAAGUAUAUCCUGAUGGCAAUGGUGUUGUUCGAGGCAAUUAUUUAUCUGUUUUCUUAGAACUUUCAGCAGGCUUGCCGGAGACAUCAAAAUACGAAUAUCGAGUUGAGAUGAUUCACCAGGGUUCUAGAGAUCCAUCAAAAACAAUUGUGCGUGAAUUUGCGUCUGAUUUUGAUGUUGGUGAAUGUUGGGGCUAUAACCGCUUUUUUAGACUUGACCUUCUUGCAAGUGAAGGCUAUUUAAAUACUGAACGUGAUACUUUAAUCCUUGGUUUUCAGGUUCGUUCCCCAACUUUUUUUCAAAAAUGUAGAGAUCAGAUGUGGUAUAUUAAUCAGUUGCAAACUGCACAAGCUCAAUACAUAACUCAAAUCAAUGAUCUGAAAGAAAGGCUUGCUAUAGAAUUAUCUCGUAAUCAAGCAACUUUAGGUAAUAAGGCAGAUGUUGGAGAUGUUCAAAUAGUUAUGCCUGAACAACCAUCAGGUCUUGGCAGUAAUGUACCAACAACAAUGAGUAUUUGUCCUUUAAUUGGAAAUGUAGCAUCACCUUUGCUGUCACCAACUUUUAAUAUAGCAUCUCCAGUUCAGUCAUCAUUAUCUAGUUUUUCUUCUAUGCCUACUAAUGAAAAUUUUAUUGCCCCUUCACCAAAUUCAUCUGAAACACCAAAGAAUGAGAAUAGCGUUGAUUCAGAUGUGGUAAAUAAAUGUAUGGAGAAAAGCAUUGACAGUGAGGAUAUUGCUCAAGGAUGUAGUGCUCAAGCUUCUGGAACCAGAAUGAAAGUGAAAUGUUUAAAAGGUAGUAACAGCCGAGAACAUGAUUGCACUCAGAUUGAACAGGUAUAUAGACAACAAAAUAGAAAUGUUUGUGCACAUUCCAGUGCCCGUAAGUGUAAUUAUAAAGAUGUUAUUCUUUUAGAUUCAUAUGAUGCUUCUUGUGAAGCUGAUUCUUCUAGUUCUGACAAUGAGAUUGUCAGUGAAUGUAACAGUGAAGAAGCUGCAGCAAGUCAUUCAGCAUGUGGCAACAACAUUAGUGCACCAUUAGAGGAAAAUUCAAAUGAUGAAAAUGAUAUAGAAGAAGAAACUAUUUCUGAUGACAUUGAAUUUCAAUUUAAUUCAAAACAUGCAUCUCGCCGUCAACGUUUGCAUUCGUGGAACUCUCUCAGUAAUCAUAAGAGUAAUGAAAAGAAUAUGAGUUCAUCAUGUGAAAGGAAUAAUGUAUUUGAAAUGCCAUCAGAUGAUGAUGAAUCAGUAUUAUUACGUCUUUUAGAAUUACAACAUCAAAAUCAGUAUCGUAACUGGACUGUAAGUACAGUGAAUGAUAUGCAGAAACACAGUGAGAAGCAAAAAAAUAGUCAUAGUUGUCGUCAUUCAUUGUUAUUAUCAUCUUUAUUGGCAACACAACGAAUGAAUGGAUCCUCAAAUGAUCAACAGCCAUUAUCUGCAUCAGCUUCUCCUUCUUCUGAAUUUCCUACAUUAUCUAAAAUAAUAUCAUCUCGAAAAAAAUGGGAAAGUGGGAUGAAUAACACAUGCUAUCGUGUUUCUGAAGUUGAAAGAGGGGUAAAUGAACAAGAAGCACUAGAGUCACCCAUGUCUUUAUAUUUAUUAGAUGAUUAUCCUUUUCUACCUUCUACAUCAAAUUUCAGUGGCUCCUUUACCACAGCACAAGCAAAUGUAGUAGAUCAAGCACAAGCAAAUGUAAUAGAUAUUGUUAAUAAACAACAUCAGAGACUUCAGAAAAGUGAUAUUCCAGGUUCUGGAGAUUAUAAUCCUCUCCUAAACCUGGGAAGUGGAGAAGAAGUACCAAAAACAUGUAAUUUAUGGAUGUCACCUUCUCAUAAGCCACUUCCAGGCCCAAAACCAGCAUGGGCUGUUCUCCAAAAUGCUGCUAAAAGGGAGCAUCCAGUAACAUCAGCCGGUUCUGAUAGUGUUGCAUCUCUCAUUCAGAAUAAUUUUCAUGCAUCUGAUAAUAAUGAAGAUUCUAGUACAUCUAGCAGCAGCUCAUCAUCAAAUGAUAGUGUUUGUGAAAAUACUGAAAUUGCUAGUUCUGGUAGUCAGAAGUAGUACUGGCAGAUUGAAUCACAAUUUUUACUUUUAUUGCAUUCCAUUUAUUUUAUUAAAAAAAGUCAUUAAUCACUCAAAAAA